AUGCUUCACGCCUUUCUAAAGAUCUCCCUUCUACUUUUUUCACUGUUGAUUACUGAUGUUAUAGGAGACUCAUUAUCGAACGUUCUUCCGUGUUCAAUCAAGUUUGAAGUAAAGGGAGAUAAAGCAGUAUGCACGGGAAGCGGUAUUGUGUAUGACUGCCCAUUAAAAGCUUGCUGGUGGCAGAAUCAUCAAUACGUUCAUAUGACUGGAUGUCAGCUCGAAAAAGGUCCCCCCGGCAUAAGUGGUCAAGAUUGUGCUCAAUAUGAAUGGAUACACCCGGACCCGAAUGUUCCUUAUUAUUUCAAGUGUACCAAUCCUGCUGGUUAUCAUUAUAAAUGUCCCUUUGAUGGCAAUAUUGCUAAAUCCAUGGGCUGUACCGCGACUGCCUGCAAGACGAGAUGA